AUGGCCAAGCCCGAGGCCGACCCCAGAGCGACGCCUGUGUCCCUGGGGCGCUGCAUGCGGCAGGGUUUCCAGGAGCUGUACCAGGCCCAGCAGCUCUGCGAUGUUGCCUUGGUGGCUGCAGGACGGUGCUUCCCCUCUCACAGGCUGGUGUUGGGCUCGGUCAGCCCUUACUUACGGGACCGGAUGGCCUCCGUGGAGUCCCGGGAUGGGGAGGUUCAGCUGCAGGAUGUGUCGCCCUCUGUCCUCCAGAGCAUCCUGCGGUAUCUGUACAUGGAGGAGCGCACCCAGGAGCUGUUCGUCAUGGCCAGCAGGCUCCAGAUCCUCCAACUCCUGGAGAUGGCACUGUCUCACGCCCACCAGCAUCUGGCUCUGCUUCGCGCGGCUGGGCGCUACGUCAGCCUGCACUUCUGGUCCCUCUGCAAACACGACGCCUUCCUGCGCCUGGACCCCGAGACCUUGAUCGGCAUCAUCGCCUCAGACGGCCUUGCGGUGGCUUCCGAACUGUCUGUCUAUGGGUUUAUGGGGUGCUGGGUGCGGGCUGACCCUGCCGAGCGCCUGCCACUGCUCCCAGAAUUGCUGGGGCACGUCCGCCUGGCCCUGCUGACCCCCAAGGAGCUGGCUGAGGUGCAGGCGGACAUUGCAGAGCUCUCUGGGGCUGCGCGGCUGGAGCUGAAGGAACUGGCUGGGGAGGGGAGGCUGCAGGAGAGUGGGGGCCUCCGGCGGGGCAUGUACAAGGAGGUGAUUGUGUGCGUGGGGCGGCGGGUGCGGAGGGGCCAUGCCGCGGGCGAGGACUUGGAUUCUCCCCUGGUCUGUUCUGAGCCCCGCACGGAGAGGUGGGGGAUGCUGUUGGGCUCGGUUCCGGUGCAGUUCCCCAGUUUCGCCGCCCUGGGCGACAAGCUCUCUGUGGCUGGGGGCUGCGGCCCAGACGGCUGCUUUUCAACCAGCCUGCACGAAUACGACGCCUGCUCUGGGCACUGGGCACCGCUCCCCUCCAUGUCCUGGCCCCUGGAUCCCCAUGGCUUCCUGGUCUGCAGCCGGCGGCUCUACGCCGUGGGGGGCUGCACCGAGGCAGCAGGCAAGCUGGAUUCAGCACAGACCUUUGACCUGGAGCAGAAGCAAUGGGCUCCCGCCUCCCGCCUGCCCUUUCCUCUCAGCUGCUUCGCCUCAGCCGCGCUCCACAACAAGCUCUACCUGAUAGGUGGGAAGAAGCAUGUGGCAGGGGCCCUGGCCACCCACCGAGGGCUGCUCAUCUACCACGUCCACUCGGACAGCUGGGCUCAGGUGCCGCUGGGCGUGGGGCUGUGCCAUGCAGGCGCUGCCGCCAAGGCUGGCGGGAUCUGUGUCGUGGGGGGCUGCAGGGACGAAGCCCAUGGGGAGGAGCGAGAUGGGGCUUCCUGCCUGGGAAACUUCAAGGCCUCCCGGGCAUGCUUCUUCCUGGGUGAGGAUGGCAAAGUGAGGCAGGAGGUGGCCAUCCCGGCGCUUCCCCGAGCCAUCGAGUCUGCUGGGGCCGUCUGCUGGCGGGGAAGGGUCUACGUGGUGGGCGGCAAGGACUCAGCCUGUUGGCUAAACACCGUGUACUACUGGGAGCCCAGCGCCACCGCCUGGACCCCGUGCCAGGAAGGCCCUGCCGCCAGGGAGCGCGUGGGCUGGUUUGGCUGUGUGACACUGCAGGUGCCCCGCAGACGCCUCCGGGCACUUUUCCAGGGGCAGCCCACAGCCCUGGUGGCAGGUGGGACAAUGGGCCGAAAGCAGCUCCCCUACAGAACCUCUGCAAUGGCUCCACCUCCCGUCAGUGGGCAAGGAGGCCUCAUGUGCCCCAGCGCAGCACCGGGUUUAGACCUGGCGAGCCCCCUGGCCUGA